CAGUGACAUGACGAGGUGCUGUUUCGUGAGGUCAGUGUGCGACGUGCAGCUUGACCCGACACGUUGAGUGUCAGUAAUGAGAGCUCGAGUUGGGACAUAUCGAAUUUCUCAGAAUCUGAAUUUAUGUAGAUAUUCACAAAAUCAAUUUUAAAUUCUUAUUGUAAGUAUGGCUAUGUUGGUUGUCUAAUAUAUACAUGCUGCAACACCUUGAAUUUUGAAUUAAAAGCCAGGUAUUACGAGACAUUUUAAAUAAAAUGGAAACGUUAGUGCUAAUGCCUACGGAAUUCGGUUUGGCGCCGACGCCAAAGUCAGGGCAUUUAAGUCAGGAUGGAGACGCCGGUCGCUUGGCUGUGCACACGGAGCAGUAUGUGGCCAAGGGAACGAGAUUUCUCCCAUUCGAAGGAACAGUAAGACUCGGAAGGUUUCAUCUGGAGCCGUUUCUACCUGAACACGAUGUACGGUACAAGUUUGGAUCUUUCGACAUGAUCCAGGAACUGGACACCAGCAGAAGGAUACGGCAGUGCAACUGGGUUCGCUUUCUAGUGUCCACUGACAGCUGUGAGACACAGGCAAAUGAAGACGGCGCCAAGCGCAGUGAGGGCGUGGAGGCGAACAUGAGCGCAAUGCUCCUGGAUGGGCAACCCGUUUUUGAAGUUACAAAAUCCGUCUUGCCUCACACUCUGAUAGUGGUUCACUUUCAGGACACAGCCCGUGACGGGCUGCUGGCAUACCCGUACAGUGGCAUUCCUCUAGGCCAGAAGUAUGCCUCUCCAACAGAACUCCAAGACAGCCCACUGGAUUUAUCCAAGUCUUUAAUGGGAAAUUCCAAGCCACAACUAUUUGUAAUGAGUACCGAUGGAACAAGUAACCGGGUACGGCUCUCUCAAAAGUCCCUACUGCCCUGCGAAGUAUGCGGCAAGGUGUUCGACCGACCAUCUUUAUUGAAGAGGCACAUGAGGACCCACACAGGUGAAAAGCCUCACAUCUGUGAGGUGUGCAACAAGGGGUUCUCAACAUCUAGCUCACUAAAUACACAUCGACGUAUCCACAGCGGAGAUAAGCCGCACCAAUGCCUAGUGUGUGGCAAACGCUUCACUGCCAGCUCCAACCUCUACUACCACCGCAUGACACACACAAAGGAAAAGCCCCACAAAUGUGGCCAAUGCUCUAAGUCUUUCCCAACCCCUGGAGAUCUCAAAGCACAUAUGUACAUCCACAGUGGGUCGUGGCCUUUCCGUUGCAAUGUCUGCAGCCGAGGGUUCAGCAAACAGACCAACCUACGCAACCAUCUUUUCUUACAUACGGGUAUGUCAUUGAAAACUGCGCACUUCCUUUUCAGAACGUCUAUUUGCUGUUCAUUUCAUUGAAUUACAGCUGUUGGCCUUAUAAUAGACAAGACAAUUAAAAUAUAACAAACCUCAAACACACAGGAUUCCAACUGUUAAAUGUCACAAUGUAUACAACCAUAAAAUAUGCUCCGCUUAUCCUAAAAUUACAUUAAAACAUUAUUUCAUUGCUAAGUCUAAUGUAGUUAUGGAAAAAGGAAGUUAAAACUGUGCACAUUAUUCAUUAGUUUUCUUUCUGCAGGAGAUCGGCCAUUUCCGUGCAAAUUCUGCGGAAAGAAAUUUGCUCUGGCUUGCAAUCUACGUGCACAUACGAAAACACAUCAUCACAGUGAUGACAAAAUAAACAGCAUCAAAGAGAUAUCUUCAGAACGAACAGGAAUCACCACUACAACAUAUGACAAUACUGAACCAAGACACGAAGACAAACCUGAUAUGAUUUCCCCUAGAGGGAUAAAUGAUACCAACUAUAAAAUACAUAAUUCCUGGCAUGAGAAGAAUGACAAGGGAACACAAUCGAUUCUGGUUACAGGUGCUAACAAAUGCAGUCUCCCAACAACAGAAAUGAUUCAGCAGUUCCCAUCCUGUUCUUUAAUAAAGAACUUCCAUUCAGCAGACAGCACUGCAAGUCCACUGAACAUUCCUUCUGCAACAAAUGUUA